AUGAUGUCUUAUCUUAAGCAACCGCCUUACGCAGUCAAUGGGCUGAGUCUGACCACUUCGGGCAUGGACUUGCUGCACCCCUCGGUGGGCUACCCGGGGCCCUGGGCUUCUUGUCCCGCAGCCACCCCUCGGAAACAGCGGCGGGAGAGGACGACGUUCACCCGGGCGCAGCUAGACGUGCUGGAAGCGUUAUUUGCGAAGACCCGAUACCCAGAUAUCUUCAUGCGGGAGGAGGUGGCGCUGAAAAUCAACUUGCCCGAGUCCAGGGUGCAGGUGUGGUUUAAGAAUCGAAGAGCUAAGUGCCGCCAACAGCAGCAGCAACAGCAGAAUGGAGGUCAAAACAAAGUGAGACCUGCCAAAAAGAAGACGUCUCCUGCUCGGGAAGUGAGUUCAGAGAGUGGAACAAGUGGCCAAUUCACUCCCCCCUCUAGCACCUCAGUCCCAGCCAUUUCCAGCAGCAGUGCUCCUGUGUCUAUCUGGAGCCCAGCUUCCAUCUCCCCACUGUCAGAUCCCUUGUCCACCUCCUCUUCCUGCAUGCAGAGGUCCUAUCCCAUGACCUAUACUCAGGCUUCAGGUUAUAGUCAAGGAUAUGCUGGCUCAACUUCCUACUUUGGGGGCAUGGACUGUGGAUCUUAUUUGACCCCUAUGCAUCACCAGCUUCCUGGACCAGGGACCACACUCAGUCCCAUGGGUACCAAUGCAGUCACCAGCCAUCUCAAUCAGUCCCCAGCUUCUCUUUCCACCCAGGGAUAUGGAGCUUCAAGCUUGGGUUUUAACUCAACCACUGAUUGCUUGGAUUAUAAGGACCAAACUGCCUCCUGGAAGCUUAACUUCAAUGCUGACUGCUUGGAUUAUAAAGAUCAGACAUCUUCGUGGAAAUUCCAGGUUUUGUGA